GCACACCUGCAGGCAUGCUGAAUUCGUACGAGCCCGUACUCUCCUCUACGACCUCUAAUACUCGUCUGUCCUUCACCGUACACCCUAGCUAUAAUUGAUGAGGUUGUGUUCCUCUAUAAGCGCAAUUCUGCUCUUGGCUAGCCUCAGUACUGCCCAACUUUCUCUACCAAACCCUCCAUGGCUUCCCCCCAACGCAACAUUCGGAGCAAAACCAGGAAACAUUUCGGACGAUUCUGUUAACCCUCACUGGACGAAUAUUCUUGGGAGCACGCUCUACUUCUACGAGGAACAACGAAGCGGAAAGCUGCCAGGUACAAACCGCGUCCCGUGGAGGAACGAUAGCGCGAUAGACGACGGAAGUGAUGUGGGACUGGACUUGAGCGGAGGGUACUAUGAUGCAGGAGACUACAUCAAGUACACCUUCCCUAUGUCCUUCUCUGUGAUGUCUAUCUGUUGGGGAGCACUAGACUUUGGCAGGGGUUAUGACCUUGCGAACCAAACCGCGUAUCUCGAUGAUAUGCUUAGGUGGAGUCUCGACUGGCUCAUGAAGGCUCAUCCAACACCCAAUACUCUCUACGUGCAGAUCGGAGACGCAGACUUGGAUAACGCGUAUUGGGGUGGCGACCGCGGCAUUCCCACACCGAGACCUUCAUACGCUAUUAACAGCACUAGUCCUGGUACAGACGCAGCAGCGCAAGCCGCAGCAGCCUUCGCUGCAUGCUCUGCAUUGUAUAACAAUCAGACACUCUCACAGUCUGCGCCUGCCAGCAUAGUGAACACAUCCUACGCAUUAACACUCCUUCAGCACGCUCAACAGCUCUAUGAUUUUGCCACGAACUCCUCGAUAUCACAGGUUACCUACCAGACCUCGGUGCCCUCUGUUGCGGACGCGUACCCAUCCUCUGGGUUUUCGGACGAGCUCGCUAUUGCUGCUCUUUUCCUCUCACUCGCCAGCAACUCCAGUGACGCUUACUCGCAAGCAUGCCAAAUCUACGAGAAGCAAGAUCUUGCCGGUCAUUUGCAGGGCGAUGCGGUAUUCAACUGGGACGAGAAGUCUCCCGGAGUCGCUGUUCUUGGGGUUCAGAUAGCGCGAACAUAUCCUUUGAUUGCGAACGGAUCCGAUGUUGAUUGGACCAGUGAUGUGGAGAGCUACUUCGACCGCAUUGUGAACGGCACCGGCAGAGCGUUCCUCACGCCAGGUGGUCUUCUGUAUUAUCCGGGAGAUUCGGACGAUGCGACACUCAACCCCGCACUGAACGCUGCCAUGCUCCUCAUGCGAUACGCGGAUUCGGGGCUCGCGUCUGACAGCGAAAAGCAGUCCUCUUACCGUCAUUUCACCCAGUCGCAAAUCGAUUAUUUUCUGGGCAAUAAUCCUAUGACCAUGCCGUACAUAGUCGGUGUUCAUCCGAAUGCGCCAUCAAACCCACAUUCUGCGUUGGCCACUGGGGCUUCACCUCAGGACAUCGCGAAUAUUGAUACCGUUCCUGAGCACGAAGCUUAUGUCCUCUAUGGCGGCGCAGUAGGAGGCCCCAAUGGUGAAGAUCAAUUCUGGGAUCUACGAGGUGACUGGGUUGAAAGCGAAGUGGGGCUAGACUAUGUCGCCCCGGUUGUGACCAUUGCUGCGCGUGCUUUGGUCAAUGGGACCGGUGACCCUUGGUACACGCAGUUGCAGAUCGGAUCUUACAACGGGAGACGACCGAAGGGAGAGCCAUGCGAUGCGGCAGUCACUACAGGCUGUCCCAGCCAUAGCUGGAGAGUGGGUAAGAUUGUUAUGGGCGUGUUGGUUGGAGUGACUGGUCUUGUGAUAAUGUCUCUGGGUACUGUGUGGAUAUUACUGGUCUGUAGAAAUUGCAACCGCAAGGUAUAACGUUGUAAUGAAUAUUUUACUCGUAUAUUUUGGGUAUUACCGCAAACAAUACCCGCAAGCUGAUAGGAUAAAACGAGUGGC